UGUGCCUAGCUGUCGCUGGGGGGGUUUGGGGGGGUUUCUUGGUCUUGUGUCUGCAUGUUGUUGUUGAAGGAGUUUCAUUCACCUCCGACCGACGGCUGCAGGCUGAGGAAUGGACAACACAGAGGACUUUCUCGGUUCAUGUGAUCCAAACAUACCAGAGGAGGGACCUUCAGCUCCCCCUCCUGGCUGGUUGGAUGACAUACAUGGAUACGUGGGCCACAAAGGAGGAGAGGAUGAGAACCCAUUGUACCCACCUCCCCCUGCCUACAACCCCCAACCGGAGCUCAACAAGAACACUGUAGUGCCUGAUGUCAGGGUCCCCACAGUAUCGGAGGAUGUGGCCAGAGAUGCCCUGCUCAAGUUUGUGGAAUCGAAAUGGAGGUACAGCUCCAAACCUGCCAGGAACCUCACCUUCAAAGAACUCAGACCCCUCACUGUGUACAGGUAUCGACUGGAGACCUACACUGAGACCAGAACCAGCGGCUGGCAGUUUGAAGCCUACAAUGGACAGCCAGUCGAUGGUCCGCAGUAUGGUAUAAGCCCUCCACCGUGGGACAUUCCCUUAACGUUGCCUCAGAGAUACACCAACAAGGUGGAGAAGGUCCGCGUGCCACACUCAUCCUUUGUGAAGGUGUGUCACAAGUGCAACGGCUUUGGAAGAACUCGCUGUAUUGCCUGUCAUGGUAGAGGCCAGAAGCGUUGUUCAAGCUGCCAUGGCUCAGGGUUCAGAAGGAAGCCUGGGAAUCACAAGCGGUCCUCUGGGAAGACACGUUGUUCUUUCUGUCACGGGAGAGGGCAUAAGAGGUGUAUCUCCUGUCAGGGCCACGGCCACAAGACCUGCACUGUUUGUCACGGCUGCCAAAACCUGCUGCAUUUCAUCCAGCUCACUGUGACAUGGAAGAACAACAUAGCUGACUUCAUUCCAGACCGCCAGCCGGACUUUCCUGAUAAGAAAUUUGAGCAGGUGACAGGAGAUCCUUUCUUCAUCGACGAGAAUCUUCUGGUGUACCCUCUCCAUGGUUUCCCCGAUCAGGAGAUCUGCAAUAUUUCUGCAAAACUGAUAAACGAACACCUGAAUUCCUUCAGCUCCACCAGCCGCAUCCUGCAACAGCGUCAGACCAUCGAGAUGGUGCCCUUGACUCACGCUUAUUACACGUAUAAUGGAAAAGACUACAGCUUCUUCGUCUACGGCCUGGAGAACAAAGUCUUUACGGCCAAAUAUCCCUCUGCUUGUUCGAUUUUAUAAGUAAAAAUACAUGCCCAUGUGUAGUACGGGUCAUGUCUAUGGGAUUCGUGAAGGUUCACACAAAGGGCAGCAGGUAGAAAGAGCUGAAUCAUCCAUUUAAUGUGCCGGCAUUUAUUUACCCAAAAUCUAUUGUAGUGUUUGUUUACUGUGUUUGAGUAAGUUGAAAGUCUACUGUUAAUGUCAAAUAUGAAGUUUGGACUAGUGGUAGCUACAUAAAUCCUUCAUGAUUAAUCUCAUUUACGCACCAGUAUAAUCAUACGAGCCUGCAGGUGUCACUGGUGUCAAUAUAUUGAUAAUCUGGUGUGUCUGGCAGGCUGCCAGCUGUUUUAGGUGCCUUAGACGAUUAUUGAUUGAAUUUCUAGAAUAUUAGCUUUAUUACAGUAUAUAUCUUUUUUCUGAUCCCUGUAGUGUCUGUCAGGCUCCAUGUAAUCCAGCCUGAUAUAGUAGAACCACUGCAUUUUGUGUGUAUUAACAUGUACAACUACCUUCGCCUUCGGGUCACUCCGCUGACUUUCUGAUGAUGAGAAACGCGUUGAUAUCAGGCAACCACUACCUCUAUAUUGUCAGGUCAGACUGAAAAUGUGUGUCAUGGGAUCAGCAGUCUGUGCUUGCUUUUAUAAAAAUGCCUUUACAUCUCAUUCAGUAGAUCAGAUAUUUGUUGCCAAAUGAUAACAGAUAAUCUUUGAUUUAUAGACGUCUUCAUUAUCGUUUCUAUGUGCAGAAGCAGCCAUACAGUACUCUAUUUGUACUUUGACUUCUCAUGGACUGAACAAUUGCUCAGUGUUAACCUCACUUUCUCCUGCUUUUAUAAACAGACAUUUUUUUAUAAUUUCUACAACGUACAACCAGUCGAAGCCUUAAUAUUAGUAUGUAGAUCAGUCAGUUGUAAAUCCUCCUUAUUAUUGUUAUUGAAACAUUUGUCAUUGCAUCUCUGAUCUCUCCUUUCUGUUCCUUCCAGUGUAGUUUGAAACAGUUUUCUUGGAUAAGGUAAUAGCAUCAACACUACCAACAUACAUGAUUGAUGGAUUGUGUAAAGCAGGUAGGCUAUGUUGGGUUUGAAUGGGACUCAGACCUUACCCCCCUGCUCUCUGUUUGAUCAUUAUUACCUAACCAUGAGAAUAAAUAAUAUGGAUUUAUUAGGAUUUGGAUUUGGCUGAAAGCUCCAGGAUCAGACGGUAUUUUGUGGUAGUGGAGAUCAGCAGCGAGUGGAGUUCAGGUCAGAGUCGAGGAAGCUCAAAACACAACAGAGAGCCAAAGUGAAGAAAACCUCAGUCAAAAUCCCAGUUUAAAAGUUAAUAAAAGACUUUAGAAGAGACAUCUGUGAGUUUUAUGGAUGUGGAUAUAAUGUUAUUCAAUUCAAGACCCUGACAAUGCCCACCAUGAGCAAGCACUUGGCGACAGUGGCAAGGAAAAACAUCCUUUUAAGAGGCAGAAACCUUGAGCAGAUGGGUUGGGUUUAAAGAGUGAGCGAGAUAGAGAGAGAUGCAUAAUAACAAUAAUAAUAACAAUAACAACUAGCAAUAAUAAUAAUAAUAUCCAUGUUAGGACAUUGGAAGUUUCUGUGCUGCUGCAUUUGUAGUUUUUUAUUCGCUCACAAAGUAAUUUUGUUAAAGUCACAAAGGUUUCAGUUUCAGUUUUUAUACUUUAUUGUGUCCAGACAUAUCUUCCAUACAUUUCAUGUUAUUUAAACAUCGUGACAACACUUUUUGCCUUUUUUAAUAAUCUUUUACCCAAACACAAACACAAAAAAAGAAAACACAGUAUAUGCACUAACAUUAAUUAGUACAGAUGUUACUAAUCAUAUUGCAUGUAUACAAACAUAUUCACAAAUACAUACAUAUCUUAAAGUAAGAAAGGUCAGGCUUUGAUAUUUUAUUAUGUAUGUAUGUCGACUUCUACAGUUCAAACCAUGAUUCGUCUAUAUUUCAUUAAUAUUACUCAGUGAAUUCAUUUCUUACAGCAGCUGCUGCAUUAGUUCUGAUUGGUAUCAGAAUAUGAAAAGCAAAGUUAAGAAACUUGCUUUGUUUUUCCAGAAAGAAAGAUGAAAGAAAAGCUGAAUAACAGACUGUAUUACUUUAUAGAAGCUAGCGGACCACAGGCUUUGAAUAAUUGAUCAGCUUAGUUAAAGGUUUACACUCCACUGCCUUGGGGACAAAUACGCCGUCAAAGUAUGUCCACUGACAGACUCAGGCUGUUAUUGUCAGUGUCUGACAGCAUUAUGGAAAGGAUCCCUACAGAGAUAGACCUUUAGUUUAACCACAAACAGCCGUAAUAUCACUAUCACUCUCCAUCAGACUCAGAAACAGAAACAGAAUAAAACUCAUUAAAAGCGUCUCUGUUAGUGUUUCCAACAAUCACCAACUCUGGUUUGGUGGAAAUAAAUCCUUAAUUCACCGACGUAGAUGAUAAAAAACAAACCACAGAGAGGCUGCGAUACAACACAGGCAGAGGGAGAGAGACACCAUGUGACUCUGUGUCUUUAUACAGAGAGGUUAUGUUUAUGUGUAUGGUUAAGGUCAUGUAUGAAUAUAACAGCAAAUACCAAAAAGACCACUAUCAGAGUUUACUGCCAGUAUAUUUCUUGAGAACCAGUGUGUUCAGCAGCAUUUUAUACUGGAUUCAUUUUUCAGAUAUAUUAAACUUUUGGUAUGUUUGAGUCAAAUGUUUUUAUUCCUUUCAGCUCAGGUUUCAAUGCAUAAAACAAUCCAUCCAAGUCUGAACUUUUUUAUAUGUCUGACGAUAUUUCAGUGACUGUUUAAGGAUUUUAUAUGUAAAAGACAGAAUAUGUGGGAGACACAGGAAUGUGCUCACAACAAUGUACAUUUCUUUGCUUUCUGUGUUUUUCUUCAUUUUUAAAGCAGAAGGAAAAUAUGUAUUCUUUCAUAUAACACAAUAAAACCUGUGCAUGUACUCAAUAAAGAUGUUAAAAUGAAGUUCAUAAUAAAGUUCUUUCUUAUCAUCGUC